CAGCACAGCAUCUCGAUCCCCACCGCACCGUCAUAACGUCACUGACCUGCGCUCCUUGAAUCAUCACCCUUGACAUGGCCGGCUAUUCCUGUGCCCCUUGGGUAUUGGCGUCGUAGCUGCAUAGACCCGAGUGCCAAAUCUAUAACCCUACCUGGAAAUAUCCUCCCCUGCUCCUCCAGUCCACCGGCGACAACGGCCCUGGCGUUCGACUCGGGACAGACGGAAUCGGCGCCCCGCCAUCCAUGGUCAGCGUACCAACCGUGCAGGACCCUUGACGAACUCAUAUUGCCCGCGCCCAGGGCAUCGCCUUGUUGAAUCCGGCGACUAGUCUGACCAUGAGUGCGCCAAAUGAACAAGGAGCCACCGGCUCCCAGCAUGUGAGAGAGAGUGACGACCACGAUGAUGAUACCGAGCACUCCGAGACAGGCCGCGAGACGGGGCUUAGCGGAGAGGAUAGCGACGAUGACGAACCACAUCUCUACCGCAUGCCGGGUUCAUACGUCGUCUACGGUGACGAUGACGAGGACGAAGGAGACCAGGAUGAUGAUGCCGAGGACGAGGACUUUGAAGUCGAAGAGGAGGACGUCGACGAGGAUGACCCGGACGUCGACGACUUUGACGAUGAGGAAGACCCAAUCCAGCAGAUCAUGGGACUAUUUCGAGGCCUAUUGACGCGCGGGCAACUCAUGGCGCUGCUGCGACAGCGCGGUUUGAGCAAUGCUCUAUUUAACAACGCGGAUGACGAGGAGGGCUUCCUCAGCAUGUGGGGUUCUCGGAGACGGCGGCAACCCAAGGACCCCAACCGCUAUCCCAAGGUGCCGAGCGAGGAGGGCAUCAAACUCAUGAGGAGUGGCACCUUUGGGGCCAACGACUACGACCUGCACGCCAAGAAGCGCAUUUCCAGGCGGAUGCUCGAGCGUGAGCUCGGGCUCGGUGACCGCGAGCAGAGAAAGCGGAACAGCGACAUUGUAACCCAGUCCAUGAUACCCGGCACGAGAGCAGAGAAGAUUGUCCACUACGACAGCCCCGUAUACUCGGGUCAAUUUUCGGAUGACGGCAACUUCUUCUUUUCGUGCUGCCAAGACUUCAAGGUCCGCAUGUACGACACCUCAAACCCGUACGAGUGGAAGUACUACAAGACAGCAUCGUACCCAUGGGGAGAGUGGACCUUGACGGACGCAAGCUUGAGCCCUGAUAACCGAUGGCUGGCAUACACAUCCAUCCAGAGCAUGGUGUCCAUGGCCCCUACGGACCCCAACGACACCGGCGACCCGUAUACGCUCGAUCUUGACGACACCGCCGUGCGACACAACCACACCUGGCGAACUCGAGGCGGGUUCGGCAUCUGGUCCAUCCGAUUCUCCGGCGACGGCAGAGAGCUCGUGGCAGGAACAAGCUCUGAUGCCAUUGUCGUUUACGACAUCGAGUCGCGCCGAGUGCUCCAUCACGUCACCGGACACGAGGACCACGUCAACGCCGUCUGCUUCGCGGACAAGCUGUCGCCGCACAUUGUCUACUCGGGGUCGGACGAUUGUACCAUCAAGGUGUGGGAUCGGAGGAGCAUGGGGACCGCGCGCGAGGCGGGCGCAUUCGUCGGCCACGUUGAGGGGUUGACGUAUAUUGAUAGCAAAGGCGACGGGCGGUACAUCCUGAGCAACGGCAAAGACCAGAGCAUGAAGUUGUGGGACUUGAGGAUGGCCAAGUCGUCUGCAAAGUUCCGGGAAGAAGCACCGCUGCGGCGCACAAUUGGCGGCACGUUCGACUACCGCAGGGAAGCGUACGACGACGAAGAUUGGGAUCCGCACCCGCAGGACAACUCGUUGGUAACCUUUAGGGGUCACAAGGUCCUUCGCACUCUCAUCCGGUGCCACUUUUCGCCGCCGUCCUCGACCAACUCGCGAUACGUUUAUUCGGGAAGCGCCGACGGGAAAGUGUACAUCUGGAAUAUGGACGCAACGCUGGCUGGGACGAUUGACGUGAAGAAGGCCACAAUGGCAACCCGGCGGAGGGACCGACACACAAGGCACUGGUUUGAUGAGCCAGGCGGCUGGGGCACUUGCGUGCGUGACGCAAGCUGGCACCCGACGGCCCCGGUUCUGGUUGCGUCGGCGUGGAACGGAUACAGCAUGGCACGCGGCACCUGCAGCCUGCACGCGUUUAACGAGUCGACGGACGACGAGGGCGAGCCGGGGAUGCGGCGAAGCGUGGACUCCAACCUGCGGGAAGACCCAGAGGUGUUUCAGGACUCUGGCUACUGAGCUCCCGCUGCCUCAUGAGUUACUGCACCGGUACGGGGGAAACACGUUGUGUGGCUAUAGUUCAGGCGAUCAAGGAGAGGCGAUCAAGGAGCAGCAUUGCCAGGCAUAUUGAGCAGCCAAAGAAGGGCCCGAAUUUGCGUGUCUGAAUCUGAAGUAGUAUUGGUGUGAUUCGGACUUGUACAGCCUCCACGAGUUUAUGAGACGAUUGAUACUUUGUCGUGGGGCUGAGCCUCGAUAUUCGUCACCUACAUUCGCGAUUAUUCACCUGAUCUACUGAAUAUACACGUGCGUGCGGUCAUGGCUUUGUACUUGUCCAAGGGCUCUCUACCGCCGCUGGCCGAUCAGAUGACAUGAAGUUCCCUUGAGGCCAUCGCCCAAACUAGAGCCCGGGGUACAUACA